AUGGAGGGAGGGCCCACUUGGAAGGCUGGAAACGCACGGUCCACACCCGAGGCCGGAGCCCCUGGCGGUGCUGGCGGACCCCCGGGGGGGCCGCCCCCCAACCUCACCAGCAACCGGCGGCUGCAGCAGACCCAGGCGCAAGUGGACGAGGUGGUGGACAUCAUGCGAGUGAACGUGGACAAGGUGCUGGAGCGCGACCAGAAGCUCUCGGAGCUGGACGAUCGCGCCGACGCGCUGCAGCAGGGAGCCUCGCAGUUCGAGAGCAGCGCCGCGAAACUGAAGCGCAAGUACUGGUGGAAAAACUGCAAGAUGAUGAUCAUUCUCGGCGUGAUCUGCGCUCUGGUCGUUCUCGUCAUCAUACUUUAUUUCUGUCUGUGAUUGUCCGAGCCCAACUGGAUAAAAGCAGCGCAAGCUAAAUGAGAUCUCUUCCAUAAAAUAACCACCUUGUUCCCUCCCCUUCCUCACCCCUUGUCCCCCUUCUGCUCUCCAUCCGGUACCUCCCCAGCUUUCUCUUCUUGGGCUUGUGAAUGUGAUGACCCUUAACCCACCUCCCGGUUCCCAGCAUCCCCCUCUCUGUAAUGUACCCAAAGCAGUAUUGUAGUGUUGAAAACAAUAAGCUCCCAGAAAAAAAACUCUCUCAUGUUAGGAAGUGAUCACUGUUCAUACCUCUGCAAACCAGCAAGGAUGUCCAAAGUCGAUCUGGCAGUAUACUUUAUGAAUAGACGCACUGCAUUUAGAAAUUAUUUAUGACCUUUUGUGAUCCUGUCCCACUCACAGUGCUGGCUGCCCAAGAGAAUUUGUUUACUCUUAGACUUUAACUGGCUGCCUGCAAACGUAACUCUUUGUGUCUUUUAAAGGUUUGGAAUCAAUAAAAAAACUAUGAUAUUCAUUAUGUAGAGGACAAACACAAGUAAUGUAUAUUGACACGGUUAGACAUUUUUUUCACAAUUAAUAUAUAUAGCCACCACUCCUGAAAGUCGAACGGCUAAGUGAUUCUUUUCGACCGGUAAUCGCGAUGUGAUUCCUUGGGCAUCACAUUCUCCCGGAUGUUAAUUUACUGCAAACACGGUAUGGUUUUUUUCUUCUUAUUAUAUAUUUUUUUGGGGAUCAAACUACAUUCUCUGAUGCAUGCUUUUAUUCAAGACGGCAGUAAUUCUCACCUCUCGGUUGUGAUAUGUACGCAAACAAAACGAGAGUCUUCAGUAAAUUCUUGCGCAGAUUGUGUUUUUUUUUGGGGGGGGGGGGGGGGUGGGGGUGGUGGGGGGUGGUGGGGGACACACCUAUUUGAGAGCUUGAGCGACGAGAGAUGCCGCGUGGGCUGUGUGUGGCAUUGGCGCCGGAAGGGGCUCUAAGGCAUCCGUCGUCUGGGGCAGCGCGCGGUUGUGGCUUCGGCUGCUCGCUGUGGCUGCUACGCUCGAGAACGUCCUUCGCAGAGACACUCACGCAGGCACCUCUCCGUCGCGCGCCGUCAUAGCCCUUGAGCGGGAACAUUUUGAACCGUUCUGAAGAUUUAAACAAAAAAUCCUCCGCACGCUAUUGCAAAUACGCAAGUCGGAAACAACGAUAUUCUGUCUAAAGUAAUAUUCGCUGAUCGGCGAAGAGCAGACCGUCAGCAGACGUGCAGAUGUGACCCCCCCCACAUACCCCACGUAUCGUUUACCCCCCCCCCCCCCCCCCCGCUGAAAACGACAUAAUUGUGCAAUUGGUCUCACCUGGAUACGGUAUACUGCAAACAGACUCGGUGUCCAUAUUGUAACGUGCAACGUAAGUAGCUGUUGUGUUGUCUGUGCCGUGGGGUGUUCUCUCCGUGUGCCACGGUGCACACGACGUCGCGAAGGGCUCUGGGAUGAACACGCUGAGCUUUUGCGCGCUGCCCGUGGUUUCAAAAUUGUGAGUUAAUUGAUUUAAAAAAAAAUUGAAAUGUGUUUCUGACGUCUAGAUGAGUUCUAAAGAGCAAUAUACUGUGAGCAUGUAAUCGAGGUUACACGAGUCCCUUGGUGGAAAACAGAUUCAAGUUGGCCGUAUUUCCCACCGUUUGCUGGUUUGUCCCCGAUGGCUGAACACCGCGCAGACUCCAACAAUCUGGCCAAGACGUUGAUGAACGUUCGUCGUCUGAGUGUGCAUGCCAUGUCCAUCACUGCUGUUUUGAAUAAAGGUCAAACAAACGUGUGUGCUUUUUUUAAACGGUUGACUGCAAAGUUUAAUUUCGCCUACAGUGCUGUUCGUAUCGAAAGUAUGUGUUUGACUAUCAGAUAUUAUAUUGCAUAUCGCUUGAAAUAUCCUGUUGGCUGUUGGGGGGGGGGGGGUGGGUGGCAUGUACGUCUGUGAGAAAUUUGUAGCUCAGAGAAAACAAAAAAACUCCAUCGUGAUACAAAUGGUGUCUGUGUAACCACUCAUGUUCUACCACUGCAGGACAACACUUUAUUCAGCUGUGCUUUAUGGUGCAGAAGCGGAGAAAGAUAAUUUACUCGUUACGUGGAAAUGUAGAGGUUCGCAGAAAAAAAAGAGAGAUGUACCGUUGUGUGGUUUAUUUUAAGAACCAUAUUCAUGUCUCUUGUAGUACUGUAUAAAGAAUAACACUAAAAAAAAAUCAUGCCAUUUGCUCUCGCG